CCAAAUAAGGAAAUGACGUCCUCCGUGAGGAGAUGGUCUCAAAUAGAAAACUGAAGUACUGACACCGGGACCGGGUCUAUGAGAGGUAGAUGGGUGGUGGAGCUAGUGCUGGCACAAGACGAGGAUGGGUGACAUAGCACAAGAUGAGGCGAGCUUCUACUCCAAUGCUGAGGACUACUGGAGGGAGGUUCCCCCCACAGUGGACGGCAUGCUGGGAGGCUACGGCAGCAUCUCCAGUAUUGAUAUCAAUGGAUCCAAGGCAUUCUUGCACAAGUUCCUUGGUGAAGGGGAGGGAAAGACGGGCGCAAGCUGUGCUUUGGACUGUGGGGCAGGCAUCGGGAGGAUCACUAAGCGUUUGCUGCUGCCUCUGUUCAGCACUGUGGACCUGGUUGAUGUGACACAGGAGUUCUUGGACAAAGCCAAAACUUACCUAGGAGAGGAGGGCAAGAGAGUGGGGAACUAUUUCUGCAGCGGCCUGCAGGACUUUGUACCAGAGAGUGGACGCUAUGAUGUCAUCUGGAUCCAGUGGGUCAUUGGCCACCUGACAGAUGACCACCUGGUGGAGUUCCUGCGACGCUGCCAGAAAGCCCUGCGGCCCAAUGGCCUCAUCAUCAUCAAGGACAAUGUGUCAUAUGAGGGUGUCGUCCCCGAUGAGGUAGACAGCAGUGUUUGCCGUGACCUGGAAAUAGUUCACAGUCUGGCGAGCAGAGCAGGCCUUCGCAUCGUCCAUGAGGAGCAACAAAUGAACUUCCCAAAGGAGAUCUACCAAGUGCACACACUGGCUCUCAGAUAGAGGACUGUUCCCUCCUCCAUGUGACAGAAAGGAGGAGAGAAGGGGGAAGUAUUUCUAAUGUGGAAAUGGCGUUUCUUGAGUCAGCAAUCUAUUUAUAAUGUUUUUGGGAGUGAUCUGCUGUGUUAUCUGUUUGUGGAGCAUGUGUGUUGCCAACUGCAAGCAUCAGUUCAACAGUUCAAAAAUGUGCUGAUUGCUGUGUCAUCUUUUCUGGCCUCAGGGUACGGUCACAUUACACCUCUGUCUUGUGAAUUGUCACUACUCCUCCCAUACAGGAUGGACAAAUUGAAGCAGCAAGCACAUGUUUCUUCUUGUUUUGUGAUCUCCAGCAGGCUCACAGGUCAGAGGUCACAUUUGUUCAACUUUGGCAGUUGGCAAAUACAAGCUGUGAUGCAGUGAUGAGAAGUCUUUAUUCUAGUGCUGUUACAUCACUAUAUGACAAACCUCAGCAUCACUCUUACAGCCUGCUUACAGUUUAUUCAGCAUUUAUUUAUUACCCACAGUGGACCCGUGCUUCACAUCCUUGGAGCUGAGUGCAGGGCACUUUCACUGAACAGAAGACUAAUGUGACAGUACCCUGACCCCAUUGUCCACUGGAUGUGAAUUCUGUAUUGUGCUGGAUUUGUGUUCCAUGUUCACUGUUAACAUUUCAGAAAAGGGAGCAUCUUUAAGCAAAUAAUGAAAACAUACUUGCAGCUUGUUUAUGUUCAGUGUAGUAACAAAUACUGGCUUUAAUUACGGUAAUACAGCAAGCUGUGUCAUCUUUAUUUUCUGUCUGUAUUUUCUGAAAAGUGUUUAUUAACAGAUGGAAACCAUUGUAGUGCUGACGGAGUGAAUUGAGUACAUUAACAGAAAAUGAAUCAAUAACUAUUUUGAUAAUCUGUUAAUUGUUUGAGCAACAGUGACAGACAUUUGCUUCUUACAGCUUCUCCAAUGUGAGGAUUUGAUGUUUUUCUAUCAUUUUAAAAAAAUAUCUUGAUGGGCUAUUUUCAACAUUUUAUGGAAAAAUCAUAAUUGAUAAUGAAAACAGUUGCAGCAGUCCAGUCAGAAGGAUUGACAUAGAUAACAAAAGUCAAUAACACAGAGGGCAUCACUGAACUUUAAAUUCUAUUAUAUAUUAAGUAUUGAAUUGCAAGCAAGAUGCUCCAGUGAGCAUCCAGUGGACAUUGGCACUCAAGCUAGACUGUUGGUGGAUCAUCAUCAGGAACAACAACACAGUCUCAUCCAGUGGACACUGGGAGUUAGUGUGACUGUAACAGUGGAUGGGGGAGUAAGUGCUGUUCUGAAGACUUUUACCUCAGGAAAGCUCAAUGAUAAAGAAAACAAACAACAAAAAUUGAGGUGAUGUAGUGUGUUGUCCUUUUCUCCAGUUCUCUGUUCAAAAUUGCGCACAGGGUCAGAUAUUUUAAGUUUGUUUUCAUUUAGAGAACAAACUACACACUGUAUCAAAGUGUCAUGUUCAUAUUUUAGAUCUUUUUAUUCUGAUAAACCCAGGAAGCCAUUCAUUUUAUAGCUGCACAGUUUGUCAAAUGGAAAUAUUCUAGAUUUUUUUUCAUCAUUUUAUACACAUUUGCUCCCUGUUGUGUAUGAUGUCAGAAGAUGCCAUACCCAAUAAAAGGUUCCCUUAGA